AUGAGUGGCACUGCUAAGCCACAAGCUUCACCUGAAUGUUCUGUAGAAGCAUUGUGUGAUGGCACGAAGGAGACAGCGUUCAUAUACGCAGUGACGUCGGCGGGCCUUGUGCACUCGGUGACACGAUCGUGCAGCGCAGGAAACAUGACUGAGUGCUCCUGCGACAUGAACCUGCGGCACGGCGGCUCGGCCAGCGAGGGCUGGCACUGGGGUGGCUGCUCUGAUGAUAUCCACUAUGGAAUGUCAUUCAGCAGAAAGUUCCUGGAUGUGCCCAUUAAGAACAUAACGGGCAAGAGUGGAAGUGGACUGGCGGCAAUGAACCUGCACAACAACGAGGCUGGGAGGCAGGCUGUAGCAAAGCUGAUGUCAGUGGACUGCCGUUGUCACGGUGUUUCUGGGUCCUGUGCUGUGAAAACUUGUUGGAAAACAAUGUCCGCCUUUGAAAAGAUUGGCCAGUUUUUAAAAGACAAGUAUGAAAACAGCAUACAAAUAUCAGACAGACUGAAAAAAAAGCUACGGAGGAAAGAGAAAAGCCAACGAAAAAUACCGAUCGGGAAAGAAGACCUGCUAUAUGUGAACAAAUCGCCCAAUUACUGUGUUGAAGACCAAAAACUGGGGAUACCCGGGACCCAGGGAAGGGAAUGUAACCGUACCUCAGAAGGACCCAACGGAUGCAAUCUCCUCUGCUGUGGGCGUGGGUACAACACCCAUGUUGUCAGGCACGUGGAAAGGUGUGAAUGCAAGUUUGUCUGGUGCUGCUAUGUGCGCUGCCGGAGGUGUGAAACCAUGACCGAUGUACACACCUGCAAAUAAGAUUAAGUACAGAAAACACAGCCAAACCAUCCUGUUCUGUUUGGUACACACAACUGCCACACAGGCAGCAAUUAGUCUUACUGUGUGGGAUUGCAAGGGGAUCAGCAUCAGGGGGAAUGGGUAUUGCCAAACAAGGGCUAGUCUAAGCAUUUGGCAUAUGAAAGACAACUGAGUGAACAGCAGCCUGAACACAGAGCAGCUAAAACACCAAAAAAGGACUUCUGAUGACACAUUUGAAUAUGUAACUCCAUGAACAGGGACAGACACUAACCUUUCCAGUUCUUUAAUAGCCACAGCAUCCUGAAGAUCCAUGUGGUCAAGUAGGUACAGUGGUGAAAACUCAAGAUUGCAUUAGCCAGAGACUGAAGAGUUAAGAGGGCGUGUAAGACACGCUAGUUAUAAUCUUUAUGUCUGUAUUUUUAAAACUGGGGCUAGAUGGAUCCACUAGAUGGUUCAUUUCUGCAGCCUUUAGAGAAAAAAAAAAAAAAACAAAAAACCCAAAAAAACCCAUCAAAAAGAUAGGGGAAUAUUCUGCUGUUGACCGUGAGGCAUUUGCUUUGUAACCUUUCAGAAAGCUGUCUUCUGCAUAAUAUGCAGAAAAGUGUCUGGUACUGAGAAACAUGCACGAUUGCAGAUUGCUGGAUGCUGCCUGGGUGGAAGAGGAGAGCCCAGCAGUAUGGAGCAAGUUGUAUCCAGAGAAGAGGGGCUGGAGCACAGCUUGAACGUGAAUGGUGUACCAAAUAACAACCUCGGGGUUUUUUUUAUAGGUUGUCUUUCAAACGCACGAAGUACAGGUCUGAGGAGGGACAGAAAUACAGGUUGGUAUUUGAAGGAAAUAAAAUCCUUCACAGGUAUUUCCUCAGUAGCUGAACACACACUUGGCAAGUCAGCUGGUAGUCACCUCACUGUUGGACUGUAUGCAAUAACUUGCCAUGUUCAACCACCUUGCUGGUGGUUCACCAUCAUUUUCACAAUUAACCAUACAAGAUUCAGCCCAAAGAAAUCUGCCACACAGUGAAAGACUUUUUAAAGCACUGCUUUAUUUUAUAGAAGCAGCAUCUAGAACUUUUCAUUAGGUUGCAUCCUAAGCAAGUUCAAUGCACAAUGUAAUUUAUGGAUUGGCUCACACCACUAAAAUAUUUAAAAUGCUAUUGAUAAUAUUUUCUCCCCCUCCAUAUGUUGGCUCAAUUUUAUUUUACAACUGUGAAAAGUUGUUUAUUUUUAUGCAAUGAUUUAAUGCCUGGCUUAAAAAGCAUUUCUGUUGUUUAAAUGUGCAAAUACCUAUUUUUGAUAAGACAAGAAAGUUUAUAUUUUGUAAAUAUUUAAAUUAUGCAAGUUAUGUAAAACAUUUCCAAAACUAAUGUGAUAAGAUUACAGCCUUUGACAUUAGUUAGAUAUUUGUUACUACUGCAGUAGCCUUUAAUUGAUUUUUAUUUGCAUGUGCAGGGGGAAAUUAGUCAGAGAAUCACAUAAAUGUUCCUCUUUUUACCAUCAGGGUGGUUAUAAUUAUUGCAGUUAAUACGCACUGAUGAGAAACACUAUGAUUUUCUAAAUGAUCAAUUAAUUAGUAUUCUGUAUACUUUUAAAAAUUCUUUUAAAUCCAUUUUACAAACAGUGAAAUCCUGGCUCCAGUGGUUAAGUGCAGAACUUCCACCAACGUCAAGGGGACUUAAAAGGGUUUGCAAUCCCUUAACUUGUUCUACACUAACAAUCAGUUUUUAGAAAGAAAUAAUCUUAGACAGUUUGGUUGAGGCUUUCAAAGUUACUUUGAGGAAUUAAUUUCCUACUUGUCUAGUUAUUUUCCCAUGAAAGAUGGUGACCAGAUUCCCUGUCACUCUUUAUGGGAUGUGUAAGUCAGGAAGAAGCAAACAAAACCUUUUGUGUUGUGCCACUUCACUACCUUAUGAGAAGUAUCUUCAGCAACCAAGAAGUCCUUUAUUUGCUGGAUUUUUUUACCUUUCCUCCACAUUUGGCCAGUCUCUCUUCAUUGACCUAACCUGAUAAUUAUCCUCUGGGUACAAAAUCUGCUGUCAGUGGAAAGGGUGCUCAACAUGCAGGUUGCUGUCAUAGGAGUAUUCAACACCCUCCCUGUGAAAACUUGGAUGGGGAGGACGCAUCCUGGUGGAAGACCCUGAAGAGAGAGUUGUGAGCCCCAGGUUGUUCCAUCUUCUAGCAAUGAAUGUAAACCCAGAGGCUCCACAGGCCAUGCCACAGCACCUAUUGGCAGCAUGGGUGAGACAUGCUACUGGUCACUGUUGAUAUCAAGGUGUUGUAGAGGCCACCUCUUUCUCUUUCUGAAUUUGCCUUACUGCCCUACUACCAAGCUGCUGGCAGAAGUGCCUCUGUGCCCUACGUAAGAUUGCUCAUAGUGGUACCUCCACAGAGUUCAAUGUUGAGGUCACCACUGUUUUGUUGUAUGGGGCUCCAGCAGGAACCAGCAGCUGGGAGUUCAGUGUGGAGACCAAGAUCUUCUCUUCAAGCAGCCCCAAACCGUGUUUCAAAACUAUCUUAGCUUUUACCAGACCUAAAGGUUCUUCCAUGCCUGAUGUGUAAAGUAAGGAAACUCACUAAGAUGCUUCUUGGUAUACCUUAACUUCUGGCAGGGUAGGAAACAGGGAGAAAAUAUUCCUGAGCUCAUGGGCCUAAGGUCAGCUUCAGGGAUUUGUCCAGGAGAAAAAUCUCAGCAGACUGUUUCUGUGGGUUUGAAGAGGAAGGGCCCUCACAUCAGUAUUGCACAGCAACGUGGGGCAGUCAUGAUGCAGUCAGGGUGUCUUACCUGCUUGACUAGCUAGUAUUUGAAGCUUUGUUAUUUUUGAGAGGUU